AUGAAACACACCAAUCAAAUGUGGAAAUUGGACUUGCUAGAAGCAAAGUUCGAAGAUGUUCCUCCUAGGUAUCCUCAUACAAAGAAAUUGCUUUUUGCAUUGAACCAUAAGAACAAGUUGGCAAAGAAACUACCGACAAACAAGCAAGAAGCACAAGCAGAGAUCAAGACACUCAAAACUCGAUACUUUGAGCAAAAAUACCACUCAGCUUAUAUUAAAUUGGAAAAAGAAACUAAAAGAUACGUUAAACAAAAGAAAGCUCCUGACGUGUUUAACCAAAAUGAUUUCAUAAGCCAAUUGAUAACUGCAAAAUUGAUCAAAUGCAUCACAUCGACGAUAUUGUUGACCAAACAUUUGAAGACCAAUCCACCAGCGUAUAUUCCCGAAAAUAUUAGCAAGUACAUUUUGGACAAGUCCAGUCCUUUUAAUCCAUCACAUUUUUUUGUUCAAUAUUGUCAAAGUUCUAAAGAGGUAAAUAACUACUGCUCAAAUCUUUGGAAUAGUAAAGCUGUCAAGUCGGUGGUUGAUGAUAUAGAAUGGAGCUUCAGAAUGGUAAGAGGUAAUUUGUCAAAGCAGGAAUUCGAGGAGAGGAGAAAGCAAAAGGGAAGAGCUGCUAAUGAAGACGAUAGCAAUGCAGGUGAUAACACAUCUGAUGAAACUUCCGAAGAGUCAGGGGGUGAGCUAUCAGACGAAGACCAGAUUGCUGCAUUUGACGGAAUGGUGGCAGGAUCUGAUCAAGAAGAAGAAGAUGAUGACGAAGAGAAGGAAAAUGGCCUAGACCCCAACAUCGACUAUAAUGAAGUCACCGAUGAAGAGCCAUCAGAAGCUGCAAGCGGCGAAUCAAGUCACGAUUCAGGUUCCGAAAUAGAUUUGGGUGAUGAUUUUUUCGAAGAAGAGCCACCAAAAAAGAAAUCAAAAGCCAAUCCUGAUUAUAAGUACAAUUUGCCUGAGUUGGCUCAAGGUUACUAUUCGGGUGGUUCUGAUGAUGAAAGUGAUGACAUUGACAACGAUGACGUGGUAAAGUCCAUUACGCAACAACGCAAAAACCGAAGAGGUCAAAGAGCAAGACAAAAAAUAUGGGCUCAGAAAUAUGGCAAAGAAGCAAAACACAUUGUCAAGAAUAUAGAACGGAUUCAAAGUGAAAGGGAAACGAGGCAACGUGAGUACGAGGAAAGGCAACGAAAGAGAGAAUUGAAGGCAAAAUUAUUGGCGGAGAAGCAACAACCCACUGGUGCUAAUACUGAGCCUUUAGGUGAACGUAAAUCUAAAGCGCUGGUUACGCCUCCUCCUGCGGAAGAGAAAAAGAUCCAUCCUUCAUGGGAAGCUAAGAAACUAGCAGAAGAGAAAUUGAAAAACGUUAAAUUCCAAGGUAAGAAAAUCACGUUUGAUUAA